AAAACACAACAAAAAUACAUAUGGGGCAAGCGAGACAUCACCGAAGAAGGCUGUUCUCUGCUAGACUUGGCUGAGAAGGGCAUGGCUUGGGUGAAAUACGCCAGCGACACCGUCGGGGUGAUCUUGAAAGAGCUGAAGCAGCAAUCUGGCCAGGGAUCCUUCCGGCUGCUGGUGGCGGUAGACGGGAUCAACUCCCUUUGGGGGAAGACGGCCCUGAAGCAUAACAAGCAAGAG